AUGUUCUCUAAGGCUUUGCCUUCACUUUUGGUGGCUCUGGUCUUAGCUAGUCUUACGUCGGCCCAUUUCACUCUGAACUCACCUAAAAGUCGAAUAAUAGAUGAAGCCAAGGAAACUUCUUUCUGUGGUGGCGUUCCGACUCUUACUGAGUCUGAGCGAACGGAUUUUCCCCUCUCGGCUCCAGCAACCGUUAGCAUAACCUCGUAUAACGAUACUGCCCAUGUGGCUAUCAUCCUCAGUGUAGAACGUGACCCCACCGAGCUUUCACAUUUCAAAACCAAGGGCAAGUUCAAUUAUCUAAUGAAUUUUGUCGAAAUCAAAGGCCAAGAAACUUUCACUUUUACAGUUAACAUUUCACACUUGAAAGAUCGAUUCCAAAAGUCACCUCUGAAAGCCGGAGAUUAUGCUACGAUCCAAGUUGAAUACAAUGGCGGUGGUGAGCCAUUAUACCAAUGUGCUGAUGUAAUCUUAGUCUAA